AUUAAGUGUGUAUAUAACAGGCUGUGUCAGCUCUCUAAUGUGGCUCCGGUAGAUUUGCCUCCGGCCAAAACUGGGCAUGCAGCCCCACUGGAUAAAAAGAGAGAGUUCAUGUCAGUGUUUCCAGAUAUUGUCCGUGACUUGACAGAGGUUGGCACCCACUCUGAUAUUCCAGAUGCCCAGAAAUGGUAUGCUAAGGUGUUGCAGUAUAAUGCAGUUGGAGGCAAAAUGAACCGAGGAUUAGCAGUAUCAUUAUCUUUUAAGCUGCUGGCUGCUCCAGAUCUUGUAACUCCAGAAAACAUACGGUUGGCAUAUAUUCUUGGUUGGUGCAUUGAACUGCUCCAGAGCUUCUUCUUGGUGGCAGAUGACAUAAUUGAUGGAAGUAAAAUGCGACGGGGAAAGCCUGCUUGGUACCUUAAUGAUAACCUGGGACUUGGAGCCUUUAAUGAUGCCAUUCUUUUGGAAGCAGGGGUAUACAAACUUCUACAAAAGCACUUUCGAGAUGCUCCUUACUAUAUGGAUAUGCUAGAGCUCUUCCAUGAGAUGACAUUAAAGACGGCCUUGGGACAAGCAUUGGAUCUUCUGUCAUGCCCAGCAGGACAAAGACCAAAUCUUAGUAAAUUUACAAUGGAGCGUUACAACGCUAUUGUGAAAUACAAGACUGCUUACUAUUCAUUCUACCUCCCAGUUGCACUCUCCAUGUACAUGGCUGGGAUAAGAAAUACAGAUAACGUGAGAGUGGCUGGCAUUACUGACAGAGAACUACACCGUCAAGCACGCACUAUUUUGGUGGAGAUGGGACAGUUCUUCCAGGUCCAGGAUGAUUAUUUAGAUUGCUUUGGGGAUUCAUCUGUGACAGGCAAGGUAGGAACAGAUAUUGGUGAAGGAAAAUGUACUUGGCUCUCUGUAGUGGCUUUACAGCGGGCAUCACCGUCACAGCGUCGUAUCAUGGAGGAGCAUUAUGGUAACCCAGAACAGGAGAGUGUGAAUAAAGUGAAAGCUCUAUAUAUGGAAUUGGGCCUACCAGCAACUUAUCGAGCCUAUGAAGAUUCCACCUCUUCCAUGAUCCGAAUUCAUAUUCAACAAAUUUCCCGAGGCUUAAACCACAAUGUUUUCUUUAAAUUCCUUGAUAAGAUUCACAAGAGAUCGAGCUAGAACACUACAGCGAGUGUCACAUUUUGAGGUUAUUAUUCAUGAAGGAAUUUCCUAGCAACCCACGGAAAUUAAAGCCAUUAGAGUGCUGCAGGAAAAUGGAAGAAAAAGUGUGCUGCAUAACACUGUGCUGUAUUUUGUAAUAUAGUGUAAUAAAUUAUAAUUAGCACAUUUGAUCUACCACAAAAUAAUCAAAAUUAAAUUUUUUUUAUACUACAUAUAGUUUGUGAUUUUUUUGUAUAUACUGUACUUUACACUACUGUAUUUUUUAUUUGAAAGUAAUUUUCAUUUAUAUUUAUGUACUUUCAACAGUCUGAAAUGCUUGCUAAAUAAUGUAUCAUGUUUGUUUAGAAAUAUAUUGUACAAUGCUUUCAUUAAUAAUAAUGACAUUCUGUGGGUUAAGGUAUUUUAUUACAAGACAUUUCAUCCACCGGGGACUUUCAUUUCAAGAACUGAUAAAUUCCCUGAUGGUCUAAACAUCUUGUAAUAAAACAGCAUAACCUGUACUUUGUGUCAUUAUCAUACUGUUAGUAUAUAUUACCAUUUUAUACAAUGCUUUCAUUGUUGGGUGCAUAUAUGUAAUUUGCAUUUGUAUACUGUAAAUAAAAACAUACGAGUGCUAUAGACAAAUGUUAUAAUAACGUUGGAGAAACUUGUAUGUUCAGUGUGUGUUUAGCCUGCCCAUGGGCAUGCUUGUCAAACAUACAUUUUGCUUAUUCCAGUGAGCACUUGUUAGGUGUAUAAAGCACAUAGAUCACUGCAUUUAUGCACAAUAAAGGUUGUGAAAAUAUGA